AUGCUGGCCUCGGCCAACGGACAUUUAUAUGUGGUUCAGUGCCUUGACGCCUACUCGGGCACUCUGGACCUCGUCGACAAUAAUGGGCAAACAGCAUUGAUGCUGGCGUCUGUGAAUGGACACGUGACCGUGGUGCAACGCCUGCUCCAGCGGUCGGCAAACCCGGACCUCAUUGAUCUGAGCGGCAGCACGGCAUUGAUGCUGGCGAUAACAAACGGCCAAGCGAGCGUGAUUCAAAGUCUCAUCAACCGGUCGAUCCCUGAUGUCCUCUAUCCCGAUGGCAAGACCGUGCUCAUGAUGGCGAUAUCAUGUGGACUCGUCGAUGUGGCCGCCCAACUCGUACAAAAAUCGCGCAAUGUGAACGCAGUCGACCGAGACGGCAAGACAGCUCUGAUGCUUGCGUCCGCCAAAGGCUACGAAAAAGUGGUGCAGCAAUUUAUGAACCGAUCGAAUCGCGACCUUGACCCUGCCGCGCUCAACCUCGUCGAUUCCGACGACAACACGGCGUUGAUCCUGACCAUUCAAAACGGGCACGACGCGGUGGCUCAGAAUUUGAUUGCCCAAGGAGCCAACAUCAAUCUCACGGAUAAAGAUGGCAAGUCCGCGCUGCUCCUGGCAUCUACAAACGGGCACGAAAUCGCCGUCAAGCUGCUCAUCAAUGCCCAGGCUGACGUGAAUCUCAGCGAUCUCAGCGACACGACGGCGCUGAUGCUGGCCAGCACCAACGGGCAUGAUCGCAUCGUUCAACGCUUGCUUGCCGCCGGCGCCAACGUUGAUCUUUGCGACAACAAUGGCGACACCGCACUCUUUCUAGCGUCUCGUCAAGGACACAGUGCGAUUGCGCAGCGACUUGAGAACGCUGGGGCCCAGAUGAGCCCAACCCCCGCCGGGGCAGCAACC